UUGAAUAGCGUCGUGUGGGUUAAAACGAAUCAAAGAAAAGUGAAUGUUUAACUACUCUUUUUUAUGGUUGAAAAUUUAUUUAAAAGUGUAACUGAAAAAAUUGUUUUAAUAAAAAAAAAUUGAGAAAUAAUAAUAAAAAGUGAAAAAUUAAUGGCGUUUGCGAGUUGCAAAAAUCAAAUGUGCAAAAUAUUAAACGAUUGAAAACGCGUCUCGGUUUCCAGUUUUCCUGUUCGUUUUUGGUACCUUUUGAAAAGGCAAAGGUGAAAUUUCUGAUACAUUUCUUCUUGUUGCGCUCGGGUCUUUUGUUAUGACGAAAUUCACCACACUGAAUUAUGAUUUUUUGAUGGAAACUGGCUGUGCCACCUGAUUCCUUUUCUCCAACCCCCCAAAAUCACCUGCUCUUCUCUUCUCCGCGCCCCCCUUGUCAGUGGGUUUCAACCAAUGCCAAUUAGCAGUGAUAUGUGCGCUGAUGUGUUUGUUUAGUUCUUACUUUCAAAAGUGUCAGUAGUUGCGAGAGAUGUGGUGUUAUUAGGUGUCUCUAUCGUGUGUGUCUGUGUAUUUUUUAAAUAUUAAAAAUAAAAAAAUAUAAAAAUGUGAAAAAUAUUCAAAAAUAUUCUUGUUAAGAAAAGUUACUAAAGAAAAAGAAAAGAAAACAAGAAAAAAUAAAUUCUAUCCCCAAAAAAGUUAAAUAUCACAGUGCAAAUAGUGUAACCUUAACAUUUCAUUUAAUUAAUUUAUUCAACAGUUAUUUGAAUUCUGCCCCUCUCAACGUUUUAUGGUUCCUGCCCGCUGCAAUGCAAAUCAACAAAACAACUCAGUGAAAUUAUCAAAUAAAAAAUAAAUAUUUCAAGUAGGCCAGAAAAAAAAAAACAAAAGUCAAUAAAUAGAAAAAAAAAGUGAAAGUGAAAAACAUAUAAAAAUUCAAUAAGUGUUGGAGAAACCUAACCCAAGAGAAUGAAAAUUCCAUAAGGCCAGGUAUACAAAAAAGAAUUCCAAAACCAACCAACAACAAAUCAGGCAAAAAGGUGAAAACAACAAUCAUCUCAACCACAAUUGAGAACGAGAAAACAAAAUCUCCUUAGAGUGGCAUUCAUUUGUUGUGAAAAACGAAAAAAAAUCACUCGGAAAAGUUUUAUGGGAAAACAGAACAAAAAGUGAAUAUUACCCUACCUUUUAAUAAAAAAAAACAACAACACGAAUACGCACAAUAUUUGCGGUGGUUUCAUUAAAAUCCCUCUCUGCCGGCCCCGUUUUGUGAGUUCAACCAAAACAACAACAAAGGGGAUUUAUGGGGGCACGUGAGUAAAUGUGUGUUUUAUAAUCAAUUUAACUCAACCAACUUCAAAACUUCUCUUCAACGAAAGAGUCAGCAACAGCAACAACUUACACAAUAACUCGACUAACGGCCAAACUGCCAUUGAGGAAAAUCACGCAUACACACGCACGCAAACAAACAUACCUGGGAGAACAAGGCGAGGAAAAACUAUACUUUUUACCUCUAAACUUUAUAUGUUCCAGCAGCAGCAACAGAAUCGGUAAAACAACAUUCACAGCAACACUUGUGCGGUACUACCAUCAGCAUCAGCAUCAGCAGCAUCAUCAUCAUCCUCGUCAUUGGCAGUAUCUGUAGUGGCUGGCAACAACAACAGCAGCAGCAGCAAGAACAACAACUCUAAUACAAGGCAUAAGAAAAUGUUCCUGUAGAAAUGGCCAAAAUUUCACGACGUGCUGUGGCCUCGUCGUCGUCGUCUGCAUCGUCAACUUCGUCCUCAUCAUCAACUCCUAGCACUGUUGUUGGUCCUUCGGCCUCACCAUUAUCGUCCACUGCGGCCUCAUACUCUGCGUCCAUUUCGAAUUUAUCGCCGCCAUCCGAACAGACUGCUUCAGCCGCGGUUACUCGCCUAAAUGCCAAUAACAAUAUUGUAAAUGGUCGAAAAACGAUACGUUCCAUUCCCACAUCGGGGUUAUCUUCAUCUCGUUUCAUUGACACUUCUUUGGACAAUGGCCGGGAUGGUUAUGGAAGCAAUGGUGGUGAAGCGGACAGUGCAACGGUGGAUCCUCUGCGCAAUGAUGGUCCACAGUUUACAACAAGCGCACACAGUAAUGUUUAUGCUUAUACAACAACGACUGGACCCAAUAAACAUGCACCAUAUACUGCCUCACCAAUGCCUCCGGAUAAAUACAAUCAAACAGCCGCACCAACUCCCACACUCAGCCCCCGUGAACUUAUACGCGCCCAAUUCUUUGCCACAUAUGAUGUCAUGACUGGUGUACGCAUAGCAGCAACCCUGGGUGGAUUCUUUGGUCUUAUGGUGUUCCUGAUAGUCUAUAAAAGUCGCAGUAGUUCGAAUGAAACUUUGAAAGUGUUGAAGGAUCCCAAAAUGGCAGCUGUCGCUGCGGUAUGCAUGCAGGAGGAAGAAGAACGAGAAAUACAAGAAGCCAUGGUUGCCACGGGAAUGUCCAUUUAUCCGGAUGAAUAUGAUGCCAUAUUGUAUAGACGUCAACGUAUGCUCUCCUUGGGUAAUGUUAGUGCUCCACCCAUGUUGAAUCGAGGUUUUCGUUUCUCCUCAGUCGGCGGUGGUUACAGUAGCCUAUUGGAACCGCCACGCCGAUUUUCGUUUUCCUCAGCCUCGGGUGCAUUGAGUAUAGGUGGCGCCACCUAUGCUGGGAGUCGCAGACGAAGUGGUUCGGACACUUCACGCAUCUUUAGCAAUUACCCCAUGGGUAGUAGUUUUGGUACCGACGACUAUUUCGUGGAGACCGAUGAUGAGUUCGACAACGGCGACUUCCAGCAACGGGUGAUGGCAUCUACACUGGGCGAAGAGGUGGUGGGGAAACAUCAGCACAAACGAAGUGAUUCUACCAAAAGCAAACAAGGGUUUCUUGAAGUGCCAUUAAUGGGUCAAGAUUCACGACGCAGCAGUGCCAUGACAUGCUGUAGCACUGAUAGUUCUUACCUAGAGAGACGUUGUUCUGCCUUUACAUUGGGUUUGUCAAACCUGCCGCCUUCAUUACAGCGAAAAUGUUCUACAGCAUCACGGGCGUCCAGCACUGAGAUGUGGGACUAUUACUAUCCCGACAUCCAAGUGAUACAGCCCACACCCAAGCCAUCACCAUUGUCCUCGGAACGUAGUAUCUAUGAACAAUUUCAGCAACAGACUCAGGCCACGAAAUCAGGAACAGGAACAACGACUUUAGCGACGACAACAGUGGGGGCGGGGGCGGCGACUCCCCUGAAUAUGGAGACAACGCUGAAGGGUUUAUCAACGAUUACGACCACUGCAGCCAGCAGUGGCAAGUUGGCCAAACCGGUAACCACUCUAACUACUGCCAAUGGCAAAACAACGGACAAAACUGGUGGAGGAGGUGUAUCACCUUCUCAGAAAUUUAUACGCAAGCAUAGCAUUGCCUACUAUGAUCCGGAGAGUGCCCAGUCGGGCCGUAAACAACAAAUACACUCCAUAAGUGCUGACACGGUAGAUGUGUAUCCCUACAAUCAACCCCUGACUGAACGCAGCAUCUAUGAUGCGACAACACCAGCACAAUCAGCACCGCCGGUGGGCGUGCAUCAAGGCUUCCGUUUCAGCGAUUCGCCCACGGAAGAGUUGCGUUUGAAUGUCAGACGCAAAAUAGCGGUGGUCGAACUUCCACGAAUUCCCUACCCAGAACAGGACACACCGCCCAGUUUGGCGGCAGCUUUAACGUACGACAACAACAAUAGCUUCCCCUACACGAAUUCAGCAGCUGCCAAGGCUGCCGCCAAUGCAAAUUCCAGCAGUAUUAGCAUAGACAGUACCCCGCUGAGCAUUGACAAGCUCAAUGGUAGCGGUAGUUUGGGUACAGUUUCUGCCAAGGCAUUGUUCAAUGCCGAGCGAAGAGCACCAUUGGCCUCGUUAAGUUCCUUUAAGAUCUCAUCACUUGAAUAUCAGGAUUCCGAAGCACGUUCCAUGGAUGAGGAUUCGGUGUUUUUAGAUAGUGUGGCUGAUACCGAGGAAGAUUUGCGCCAGAUGAGCAGUGACAGUGAGGAGGCCAGUCUACAAGACUAUGUGGCGGAAGGAGAAAAUCAAGUGGCGCCCAAUGUAGCGCAUCAAGAAAAUGAUUCAGUAGCAGGUUUAGCACCAUCGCAGCUUAGAUAUCCCCUCGAGAGACAUUAUAGUCUGGGUGGAGGUGGAACCGCAACGACCACAACAACCAAUUCCAACACCACCUGCGUUGCACCUCUGACAAGUGGUAUUGCCGGAACUGCCAGUGCGCGUACACGUCGUUUGUUGUUGCAGCGCAAUCGCACCAUUAGUGUGUCUUCCAGUGAUCGUGUGGCCUUGUUAGGUCAUCCGCUGAAAGAUUUUCAUUCACCCGCCUCGUCUGUGGACUCGAAGCAAAUGCCAUUGGAGACACAUUUCGGGGCCAUCAUCUGUACAAAUAGUCCUCCCACACAUCCCAGACGGGCCCAGCUGUUACAGCAGUACAGCGAUCCACAAAGUCAGCCAACGACCACAACCACGACGACAACAACCAAUACCACGGAAGACGACACCUGUUCCACGCUCAACACCGAGGUGGGUAUGGGCGUGGAAACGCCGGGCGAGACCAUUGAUUUCAUGAUUACGGGUAGCAAUGAGACCAUAGGUUUAAGUACCACCACAAGAGGUUCAAGUCUAACACACCACAGUAGUCUGAAUACGGUGGUGAGUUUUGGGCGCAUUAGUCCUCUUACCGACAGCGCGCAGGCGACCACAGGUCCUGAACGACAAUUUCAACAGCAACGAGAUCGUGAUCAACAAUAUCAACAACAGCAACUGCCAAUUUCUUCUGCAACAAACACAACAACAGCAACAACACCAGUCAAUAUAAAACACCCCGUAGUAGCAACCCAAUAUGAUCCUUGUGCCUCUUCUAUAUCUGAUUCUUUUAUACAUACUAAGGAAACUCUAAUAAAAAUGCCUUCUUCUCUUAAAAGCCUGAUUUUACACAAACCUUCCAAAGCAACAAUCUCAGAUCCUACGACAUCGACGACAACAACACUACUACGAUCACCGGCAUCAUUUUCAUCACUACAACCGAUAACCACAAUAAGUCGCAGUGCCACAGAUUUGUCCUUUGGCGACAAUUCGCCCCAACAAUCGACGGUGUUCUACUCCGCCCUGGAAGAGAAACCGCUCUAUGAGACGCGACAACACUCACCAUGUCCAUCCGUGAUGCUCGAACUACCUCUGAUACGUUUACCCACCACUGAGGAGGAUAGUUCAUCGAUCAAAUCCGCCACGGAGCUGAGACGUGAAAGUGAGAGCGGCGAUCACAGUCGCAGCUGUAAAAGUGACGAGGCGAGUCAUCAUCAGACACCAUUCGAUCCCAGUCUACCCAGUUCAUCGCGUAAAUGGUCCAAAGAAACAUUGUUCUAGCUAACAGUUUUUAUACGUAGUAAUUCAAAAAUGUCAUCACUGCUGGUCCAGAUCAUGGUGUCGUACAAUUAAUUUAUAGAAAGAAAAAGAGAGAGAGAGACGCGCACACACAAACAUUCUAUCAAUGUUGUAGGUACAGUUUGCCACGAAAGUAUUUCAAUGAAAAUGUUAGCAGAUAGAUAAAUAAAUGCAAGGGCAUACCCAUGGUAAAAUUAAUGAGGUAAAAUCAUUUCAAAUAGACAUGCCCAUCUCUGCAUUUUCUGUAAUUUACCUUUUCGAAUUUCACUGCAUAGAAAAGAGGUUCCCAUCUCUGAUUUAUGUAUGUACAGCGAAUUCAUAAAAAUGCAUUUUGACAAUGAGAUGAAGAGAAAAAAUGUAAACAUAUGAUUGGAUGACCUUCUUAAUUCUACCAUGGACAUACCUUAAUAUAUAGGUGAUUUACUGGCUUUUUUGAAAUAUUUUCUUUACAAACUGUACACAUAACUUGAUAGCGGUAUUCAGUUACUUUGCAAGCUAAACCAAAGAGAGUAAAGGUUAAUUAUCAAACAAAUGAUCGAUCUUAGAUAGAUUUUGAUGCUUUAAAUUCAAUGGUCAUAUAUGAAACCUUUUAUUUAUGCUAUAAAUGAAAACUGUUUUUUUAUUUCUCAAGCUAUACCUGUCAAUCUCUUAUUCUAGGUUAUUUAAGGCUCUAUCAGAUGGAAUACGUUUUACAAUAACACAGGUCGCGUAAGCAGAACGAAAAACGACUAUUGUGAUUGAACACGUUUUAAUACGUUUAAUUAACAAUUACGUGAUUUUACACGAAUACUGAUGAAAUCACCUGGUCUUAUCGAUGGUCAGCUGGUCUUGUAGGGUGACCAUGUGAAUGUCACACAGGUUUGGGGCUUCUUAUUAAGGAUUCAUUUACGAUAUCAAUUCAAGAUAUGCUUUCUGCACUUUUACUCCCUAGGUUUCUUCAUUUUAUAGAACAGCUUCUUUAAAAUUCAAAAAUACAGCCCUGAGGCUAUGACCACUUCCUGUCAGAAUUAUUCAAAAUUGUAUGCAACAAGUUGUUUUUGUUUACUUCAUAUUUUCCCUUUUGGGAAAAAUAAAUUAAAGAGCUCGAAAAAUAAAUGAUAUUUCUAGUCUCAAAAAUAUGAUGCAAAGUGUUUAAUCUAUAAAUUUCAUGGCAAAAUUGGCUAAUAUCUUUAAGUACGCCAAGCAAUGUACGUUUCUAUAAAUCAUUGAUUUAAAACAAAUUUAUUUUUAUUUUUCUAAAUACACAAAAUUGGCAGAAGUCCGGCGCGCUUGUAAUCAGCUGAUAGCCAUGUUAAAAUUAAGAAGGUAAAUCCAUCUCAAAUAAACAUACCCAUCUCAGCAUUUUCUGUAAUAUACCUUGUCAAAUUUAAGUGCAUAAAAACUAGGUUUCCAUCUCUGAUUUUUGUAUUUAAAUGACAUUUAUAAAUAUAUAUUUUGACAGUGGGAUGUAAACAUAUGUUUGCAUGACUUUACCUUCUUGAUACUACCCUGCUGACCUUUUUUAUUGUACCAUGAUAGUAUCUAGUUCAGCUUUGUAGAGCACUCUAUAUUUACCCAUCCAAUGACGAUGAAAUAUUUGACAUUAAAUGCCUAAAUUAUGUACCGUCUGAUAGCAACUUAACUCUGUUCAAAGACCUAAAAUGGUAAAGACUAGACAAAAUACAUUCUGAGCAAAUGGUUUGUGUGCAUAAAUCUAUGUAACAGUUCAUGGCAGGAAAAUGUUAAUAUCAAAAACACAUUUAUAGAAAAAUAUGAACAUCAAAUGUUUGAAAAAUCCAAAAAUGGGGUUUAAAAAUUGUAUUCCAUAGACUUUCCAAAUUAACUGCAUAUUGCCUAAGCGGUUUAAAUCGCAUAACAUUGCUAACUAUGUUGUUACAAUAUCAUAACAACAGAGGUAUUUUCACAGGAUUACCAUAUCUUGGCUCUAUCUUGUCCCAUCUUAAUACUUCUAUGUCUUUGCUCUGUUUUCUAAAAAUUGUCUACAGAUCGGAAAUUACAAUACGCCAAGGCAAGUGUACUCAUAAUUUUAAUGGGCCGAGGCGGAAAGACGAAAAGUGAGAGUACAUAAAAAGCUUUCUUUGACUGGCUAUCGGCUGACUUCUUCGUAGAGGAACAAAGGAGUUUUAGGUUGAUUUAGUUCGAUCUUGGACCUACGCCCAUUUAUACUUUUCCGAAGAAACCAGUCAAAAAAGCGGUUUAUGUAUUCUCACCUUAACCCUAACACUAGUCAACUCAAAUUCUUCGUCGAAAAGAUUCAACAUCGAAUCCCAAUAUUCCGGUGAUAUGUUCCACACAUGGCACAAUUAUAAAGGUAAUCUCAUGCAAUCAUACGAUUAAAAUUAUUUAUUUGAUGUCCAUAAAUUGUCAAAUGCUGUAGUUCUUCCUUAAAUAUGAGCGUACCAAAUAUUUUGUCAUUUCCGCGCCUUUUUGAGGAUCAAGCAAGCAUAUAAUCUAAAACAGAAGACUUAAAUAUUAGCAUCAUAAAUUUUGAAAUAUCAAUAUUUCCAAGCGUUAAUACAUCUAUCUGCAUUCUUCUACCAUGUUAGAAUUGAUAAGGUGACCUCAAGUUACAUGUUGGCCAAAUAUGUGAAGGCUCUUUCAGACGAAAUAUUGUUAACAUAUGUAAGUCAAAUUUUCCAUAUGUAGAAGUUUCACGUUUCGUGUAAUACGUGGUAGAAGAUUGCAGUACGCUUUGGAACAUUGAUAUGUCAGAAAUUUUAAAAUGUUUUUUUUUUUUUUUUUCAAAAAUAAGUAGUUGUUUUUAUGUUUUCUUAUACGACACAAAUCGGAGGUUGUUAUAAUAUGCAUUUUUUAACAAUUUUUACAAAUUUCAAUAAUUAUUCAUUCAAUAUUUUCAUUUCCAAAAUCGGUUUGACAUUUCAUAGCCCCAGCAGCGGUUUGAAAAGUGUUGUUUAAAAAUAUAUGAAAAUUUAACUUACAGUAAGAAACUCAUCCAUAAAGUAUUAUAAUUUUUUAGAUAAGACAAUGUAAUCAAAGGAAAUAUAUAAUGUCAAUUUGACAUACGCUUAGGAACAUUUAUAUGUCAUUUUUGUAAUAUUUCUUUAAAAACAAGUAUAUAUAUGUUUUCCUACACGACGCUAAUCGGAGAUUGUUAUAAUAUGCAGUUUUUAACAAUUUUUUACAAAUUUGAGUAAUUUUUCACUCAAAAUUUUCGAUUCCAAAAUUGGUUUGACAGUGUAUUGUUCCAGCAGCUGUGGCGAAGCGUCUACCUAUAUUCUUCUACCAUGGCACAUAUUUAAUAUUUAUGAUCUGAUAGCAGUCACGGUAAAAGAACACAGGUAGAUAUAUCAACGCUUGAGAUGUUCUCAAUUUUGUGUCAAUUUUUUUUAUUAUUUCUUCAAAAAUUAGUUUAUUUGUAUAUGUUUUACAAUACGACGCCAAUCGGAGGUUGUUAUGUUAUGAUUUGACAAUUUUUACAAAUUUGAAUAAUUUUUAAUUCAAAAAUGUCCAUUCCAAGAUUGAUUUGACAGUUCAUUGCCGCAGCAGAUGUGUCCAUGCGACCAGCUGCAUUAUUCUAAACAAACGUUUUAAGGCUUGUUUACAUAUAAUAAAUCCGGUUAUUUUAAAAUGUAUUUUUCAUAAAAUGCCAAUUUCUUUGAAUAUAAGUUUAAUAGUUUAUAAACUCCAUAAAAUGGGCGAUUUAGGUGCCGGUAUAAAGCCUGCUAAAGGGAAAACAAAUUUUAAAAUUUCAUUUGAUUUUAAAAAUGUGGUGGAACAUCCGAUUAUUGCACCAUGGUCUGAUUACAUAGAGACCUUAUAAGACCUUAUUAUUGCAUCAUAAAUCAUAUGUUCGAUCUGUAGUUUGAUUGUAGGUUUUAGGAUCUUAAUGCAAACGGAAGGCCACGUUUACAUACAACUACCUGAAAAAUAACAUCUUAGUUUAUAUUUGUCGUAUUUUCAUAUAAAAUUACCUGAUAACAGCAAUACUAACGACAAUGUAAACAUAGCUCAUGAGACCUACUCUCUGCGUUGCUCUCCCUUGUUUUGUGCAAUUAAUGGAAUUUAUUGAAAUCGAAAUUUGUUAAAGAGCUUGUUGUUGAUUUUUUUUAUUACAAAACAAAACAUACGAAACACACACACAGAAACCAAGAAAAAAAUCUAGAAAAAGAAAACCUAUAUUAUUAUAAAAUAAAAAAACUAUAUUAAUGUAUAAAACAAAAUAUAUAAAACUAGUCUUUAAUUAGUUUUUAGUUAAAUGCAAAUAAUGAGAAUUGUAUGUUAAUGUUAAAUGUGAAGUGGAUGCCAUUAAAUGAACGAAGAUCCAGUCCUUUUUCUUUUGUUCAAACAAAAGCAAAAAAACAUAAUAACUAAUUAUAAACUAAAAAAUGAAACAAAACAUCAAUGAAAACAAACCAAAAAAAAAAAAAUGUUAGACAUUAAGAUCAUUGUUUAAAGUAGUAGUUGACCAAAAGAAAAAAUGUUUUUUGAAUGUUUGUUUUUAGUAACGAAAAUUAGACGAGACGACAAUGAGUAUUAAAAUAUCAAAAUAAAUGAAAAC